GUCGCGCUAGAAAAUAUGCUUUUGGCAGCCGACAAAGGCUGCAGCUGUCGAGCUGCCGACAUUCUUCGCUAUUCAUGGUCGCGUUUGCUGCGCUCGCGGCCCUUGCGUGGACGCCGCUUGCGCGUGCACAAGUGUUCGACGAGGCUGCCAUAGCAGGCGCAAAUGCGCAGGCGAUAGCGGACUGCUUCAAGGGCCAGGACUGCCUUGCCAAGCGGACUACGUGGGACCACUUCACGCAGGACCUGCCCAGCUGCAUGGUCGCGGCCCGCGUGUGGUGGUCGCGGCGCCCGGCCGGCAUCCCCGUCACGCUCGUAACCCAGGCCUCCGCCGAGCGCCUAGAUCAGCUCCGGGCACAGUGCGCCACCUGGCGCGGGCCGCUGGCCGCGGCGCUGUACCUGCCCCUCUACAACCCCUCCUCCCACGAGCUCAGCGCGGAGAGCAAGCAGAAGCUGCAGGCCAUGGUCGCCGCCAUCGAGGAGCUGUUUCAAAACACAGAAUCCGGCGGCUCGUCAAAUGGACCCGGCUGCCAGCUGCGCCUCAUCCUGCUGUACGAGCUGUUUGCGGACCCGAAGGCCAUGGUGCUAUACCCCGUCAACAGCCUGCGCAAUUGGGCUCGGCUGAUGGCGGACACAGAUCUCAUCACCAACAUAGAUGUGGAUAUGAUCCCCUCGGCGUCCAUUUCCGACGUCCUGGCGGACGCCACGAAGCGGUCCCUGUAUGAGCAGGGCUGCCGCAGCGGGUCCGUGUACGUGUGGCCUGCGUUUGAGACGCACUGCGCGGGCGCCUCGUACGCAGACAACGUGGCAGUGCAGGGCAAGAGCUCGCUGUCCGAGGCGCUGAAGAAGUGCCUGCGGCGCAUGCGGCCCAAAGCGCCUUUCAGCCACAACGCCACCAACUACGACAAGUGGAUGACUGCCACGGAGCCCUAUACCAUCACCUACAGCCCGCAGUUUGAGCCCUGGUUCCUGAGCUGGCGCUGGGGCACGCUGUGGUACGACUACAGGUAUCGCGGCUACGGCAAGAACAAGAUCGUGCAAGCUGCGGCCAUGAACGCCACGGGCACCAGCUGGCUGGUCAGCCCGGACGGGUACCUGGUGCACCGCAAGCACACCGAGAGCCGCGUGCGCAAGGAGUUCCUCAAGGCCAAGUUCAGCAGGAAGGACAUGGACGCGCUGCGCGGCACUGUGUAUGAGCACGUGGAGUCGCUAUGGAAGGCCACGGGGCAGGAGCUGGCGGCAGGCACCUACAUGGCGCGCCUGGAGCGCGGCUUCACGGCAUGCAUGGAGCAGCUACCCUGGUGGAAGCGUGGAGAGUCGGGGUAGUGAUGGGGUCAGGGGCUUGGGACGCGUGCGGUUUACUCGUAUGGGGGAGGUCUUGGCGUGGCGGUGCUGAAGGAAGGGUUGGGUCUUGGGCGUGCUUUGGGAGGUGGAGGGUGGCAGGUUGACAUGAUCGAUGUGCGCAGAUGGUAUGUGGUGCGUGGAUGAAUGCAGUCAGGUAAACUGUGGUACGUGAGUAGGUGUUCAAGCGCGCGUGCAGGAAGUAGGUGAGUGCGUGCGGGUGUAGGUGGCAAGGACGCGCGACGUGCGUAAUCAUUUUGAUGAGUCGAGUCAGGCACUGCACCGAGUUUUCCCACUUCCUACAGACUAUGCUGUGACUCUCCAACGAGCUGCGUGCGAUUAUAGUUGGGAUUACGGUUUGGCUGUUCGGGACGAGCAGGUGACGGUGUGGUUAACGGAGGGCGUCUGUUAGUGGGGUCCAAACCGGGAAGGCGUGCGAUCCUCUGCGCCUGUACUGGCACUUGGAUUUAUGGUUUUGCCUAUCCUGGUUUGGAUUGGAUGGCUCAUUUGCUCCGUGCAGGUGAGCAGGCGAUGGAGUGGUUGCAAUGGGACAGGAUAAGGGGCAGGUUGGCGUGUGCUGGCGCACCCCCAGAGCCAGAGGUAUGGUUCAGUCCAAACAGGGAAGGCGCGCCAGCGCCCAUGGGGAGCAUGCUCGAAUGUAAGGCUUGGAGCUGCGCAGGUAUGAGGAAGCCGCCGGUGCGGGAGGUGGCAUAGCUAGGCAGGAGUACCAGUGCUGGCGUGGACUGGCCGGAUGGGGUACCGCAUGGCGUU